AGUCGUCACUUUAUAUUUUAUACCACAUCAAACACUUGUACACUACACGCACAAUGUCCAACAGGGUAUCUACCGGCAAGAUGGCCAUGGCCCCGCAGGAGAGCGUGCAGCCUGCCGUCCUCUACAAACUCGUCCUCUUUGCUCUAUUGAUGGCCGUCGUGCCCAUAGGAACAUACUUUAGUACUCUCAACUAUCUCUGGGACGGCUCCACAACGUUUGCUGCCAUCUCAGCCAUCGCUGCUGCCAAUCUCAUCCUCGUUGGAUACGUUGUUGUUGCCUUUAGAGAAGAUGCGGCAUCUAGAACGGGGCCGUUACCGGAGAAGAAGACUUCAUAGCAAGCUCAUAGACCGUGUUGACGGUGUGGGCGGGAGUGGAUAUGCCCUGGAUAUAUACAUAAGCAACCUCUGUAUGCAUAUAGACAUGAAUCACAUUCUCGAAUCGAGUAGACAUGAACAACAGUCUCGAGUCGAGGUGUGAACA